AUGAACUACGAAUCUGAAGUGCCCGAUGCAUGGGAUGCAGACUGGCAGUCCCAAGCCGAUACUCUAGCGACAAAGCCAACCCCGCCCGAAAAAAAAGUCUCGUCGAAAAUUACAAAGGCCCAACGACGAGCACAGCAGGCGGAGUUCAACCGUCAGCUAUGGGCUGAAGCAGAAUCACCACAGACAUUCCACUUCGUUGAAACGCGCUCCGAUGUACCGUUGAGGCAAGAUAUUAAGCCGGCUGUAACACUCCUCAGUCGCCGACCACAAAUAGCAACCCGGACCCGGCAGCAACCGUCAAUUGGAAUAGAUGCAGCAACUUCGGGGUUUUCGCAACUCGGGUUAGAGGGUGAGGAAGGCGACUCGGACGAAGAUACCAAAAACGCAGAGCCAACGCCCGAAGAACGUCAGGCACAAGCGCUCAAGAACCGCGAGGAAAAGCAGCGCAAAUAUGAAGAAGUGAGAGAGCGGCUGUUCGGUAGCAACUCGGCUAAUACGUCGGGCGCUUCCUCUCCAAGAAGCACAACUCCUCCUCGGCAAACACAGCAAGGCGAGGGAAGGGGCAAGGGCAAAGGUCGCGGGGGUGGCAGAGACUACCAGAAGAGAGAUUCUUCGUCUACAUCAAGCAAGUCAAGGCAUAAUAAUCUCUUUGAUCCAUCGAGUCCAGGAAGGUCGACCGGAUCUCUACAAAAGCGGGACCGUCCUCAGAUCGAACGAAACGACUCCGACAAGCAGACUGCGCCGCACCAACCAGUGCGCAGCCCACGAGGUCCCGAUGCUAGUGGCCGAGGUGGCUUUAAAUUGAACAGAGGCGCUCGAGGAGGUUGA